AGAUGUUUUUCCAAUAAUAAAGAGACUCCAGGAUACGGAUAUUGUAUCUUAUAUUAUAGCUCUUCGUAAAUAAAGGAAAAUAGAAAUAAUUAUAUGAUUUUCCUUUGGAUGUUUAAAGCAAUAGCAUGAAAAAUAUUUAAAAGAUUUUCUUACAUUAUUUGUCAAAAAUUGAAGUAUUGUUAUUUUUAAGAGCGAUAAACGCAACAUACAAAGAAUAAUGUUUACGUUAAUGUACGGGUUUUAUAAGUUUAUGUUUCAAAAAGAUGACUACUAUAUCUUGAUACUUGGAUUAGACAAUGCUGGAAAAUCUACCUACUUGGAGCAAACCAAAAUUAAAUUCAAUAAGAAUUAUAAAGGGAUGAAUUUAAACAAAAUAACGACAACAGUUGGUUUAAAUCUUGGUGAAGUCAGUGUCAAUGGAAUUCGUUUGAAUUUUUGGGACCUGGGAGGUCAAGAAGAAUUACAAUCCCUCUGGGAUAAGUACUACGCAGAGUCUCACGGUAUCAUUUAUGUAGUGGAUUCCUCACAGAGGGAUCGAUUGGAAGAAUCAGUAUCAGCGUUUGAAAAAAUGGUAGUAAAUGAAACAUUAACUGGUGUUCCUCUACUUUUACUGGCUAACAAGCAGGAUGUAGAUGGAUGUAUGACUGUAUCGGAUAUUAAAAUGGCUUUUAACCGUGUUAGCCAUAAAAUUGGAAAACGGGAUUUGCGAGUGAUGGGUGUGUCAGCAUUGUUAGGUGACGGGGUAGAUGACGGUAUUAAAUGGAUUGAAGAGUGCGUCGUUAGAAACAGUGGCCAUCGACCUCCCAUUCCACAACAAAUAUCAUGA